CUUCUGCGCAUGGGCAGAACUUCGCAGGCCCUUCUAGGUUCUCCAGCUUACGGUGAGAGACGGUGCGGAACCUCCACGAUCCUGCAGAUUCCGAGCUGUCUUUCACAUGAUGAAUCUGACACUUUAAAGGUGUGCGGAUGAGUUCUUUAUAGGAUAGCAGUACAAGAAGAGUUUACUUUUCUUCCUAAAAGCUAUACUUUCAGAGAUUUCAACAUUUUUCCAAGAAAGACCAGCAAAUUAUGAAGAAAUCCUAUGGAUCCUUAUCAUUUGAGGAUGUGACUGUGGGCUUCUCCCAGGAAGAGUGGCAGCACCUGGACCCUGCCCAGAGGACCCUGUACAGGGACGUGAUGCUGGAGAACUACAGCCACCUUGUCGCAGUGGGGUGCUGUGUCCCUAAACCAGACGUGAUCUUCAGGCUGGAACAAGGACAGCAGCCAUGGCUCGUAGAGGAAGAGUCCCUAGACCAGAGCUGCCCAGAAGUCUGCAAAGUUGAUAACCAACUAGAACAGAAUCAAGAAAUCCAGCACAGACAUUUCUGGCAGUCUCCAUUUAUCAACAACAAAACACUGACUGUACACAGAGGUAAUGUAUUAGGAAACAUUUUUAAUUUCAGCACAGACAGCAUUCCUUCCAUAAAAAUACCCUGUAAAUGUGACUCAUGUGGUAUGAAUUUGAAAUGUAUUUCAGAAUUAAUUAUUAAUAAGAAAAACUAUUUAAGUAAGAAGCCUGAUGACCUCAAUCCAUGUGGGAAAUUGUUCCUUCAUAGUAACCCUGAAAAAACUCAAAUGGGGGAGAAACCUUGUGAAUUCAUUCAGAAUCAAAAAUAUGUAAGUCGUAAUGAAAAUUUCAUUCCAUAUCAGAAAAUUAAAAAUGUACAACAAUGCUUAAUUCAAAGGAAUAAGGAAUAUGAGGAAUACGGGAAAGAGUUCCAUGAGAAGGCACUUGUCCCAUAUAACCAAGCUUGUAUAGGAGAGAGUCCUCGUGAACAUAAUGAAUCUGAUAAAACGUUCUGUAAUAAUGCAACCCUCGUGGUCUGUAAGAUAGCACAAAGAAUGGAAAAUCUUCAUGAGUUUAAUGAAUACGGUAAAACAUUUGAGAAGUCCUCCCUCUUGAAACCUAGAGUUCAUUUAAAGGUGAAGGGUUAUGAGUACAUUGAUAGAGUGGUUAGUUUCAAUAGGAGAUCAGACUUCCCUGACACAGGAGAUAGAGUAUUUGAAUAUAACAACUUGGGAGAACCUUUCUGGGAGAAGUCCGUUCUUAAUAUAACUCCGAGAACACACGUAGGAGACAAAGUCCAUGAAUGUAACGAAUGUGGAAAAGCAUUCUGCAAAAAGUCAAAACUCACCAAACACCAGAAAAUACAUCCAAGAGAGAAACCCUGUGAAUGUAAGGAAUGUGGGAAAUGCUUCUCUCGGAAAUCCCUCCUCACUUUACAUCAGAGAAUCCACACAGGAGAGAAACCCUACGAAUGUAAGGCCUGUGGGAAAUGCUUCUCUAGGAGUUCACACCUCAUAAUUCAUCAGAGGACUCACACAGGAGAGAAGCCCUAUGAAUGUAAGGAAUGUGGGAAGUGUUUCCACCAUAAGUCCUAUCUCACGGUACACCAGAGGAUUCACACAGGGGAGAAGCCCUAUGAAUGUAACCAAUGUGGAAAAACCUUCAUAAGCAACUCAGUCCUCACAAUACAUCAGAAAACACACACAGGCGAGAAACCCUAUGAGUGUAAUCAGUGUGGGAAAUUCUUCUCCAGAAACUCGUACCUUACAGUACAUCUGAGAACGCACACAGGGGAGAAGCCCUACGAAUGUGAGCUCUGUGGGAAAACCUUCUGUCACAAGUCAGAUGUCACGAAACAUGAGAAAACUCACAUAGGGGGAAAACCCUAUGGAUGUAAUCAGUGCGGGAAAACCUUUAGUCGUAACUCGGGCCUAAAAGUUCAUCAGAGAACUCACACAAAGGAGAAACCCUAUGAAUGUAACGAGUGUGGGAAAUCCUUUUCUGAGAAAUCAGUUCUCACAGUACAUCAGAGGAUACACACAGGCGAGAAACCUUACAAGUGUAAUGAAUGUGGGAAAACCUUCUACAAUAAAUCGGACCUCACUAAACACCACAGAACUCACACAGGUGAGAAACCCUAUGAAUGUAAGGAAUGUGGGAAAUUCUUCUCUAGGAAUUCAUACCUUACAGUACACCAGAGAAGUCAUACAGGGGAGAAACCCUAUGUGUGCAAGAAAUGUGGGAAAACUUUCUACCUUAAGUCAGACUAUACAGUACAUAAGAGAACACACAGAGGGGAGAAAUCCUAUCACUGUAAUCAGUGUGGGAAGACUUUCACUUGUGGUUCAGUCCUCAGAUCACAUCAGAGAACUCACACAGGUGACAAGCCCUAUGAAUGUAACGAGUGUGGGAAAUCAUUUUCAGAGAAAUCCGUUCUCACCGUCCAUCAGAGGAUACACACAGGGGAGAAACCUUACAAGUGUAACGAAUGUGGGAAGUCCUUCUAUCAUAAGUCAGAUCUCACUAAGCAUCAGAGAACACACACAGGAGAGAAACGUUAUGAGUGUAAGCAUUGUGGGAAAACCUUCAGUUGCAACUCAGGCCUCAAAGUACAUCAGAGAAGACACGUAAGAGAGAAACCCUAUGAAUGUAUUGAGUGCGAGGUAACUGCCAAGAAAUCAGUUAUCACAGCACAUCCAAGGUUACACACAGAGGAAGAAAACUAGUAAAUAUAGCGGUGAGAGGAAUCUUUCUCUCGUGAGUCAUACCUCAAAAUACCAUGGAAAAUUUACAAAGGACGUGACUCAAAGAAUGUAAAGAAUGGCAAAUCUCUUACCAGAAGUCAUCUUCCAGAGCAAACGAGAAUACUCAUAGGGGAAAACACUCUGAAUUUGAUGAAUGUUUGAAAAUCUGAUGUAAAUAAGACAACUAAAAAUGGCUGCAUGUGGAAGAAAGCCUACUAAUACGUGUAGGGAGUAUGGGGGAUUAUUUUAUUAUGAAUUAGAGCUUAUUAAACCAAGAAUUUACAUAGGAGGAGGUAAUCCUGUCAAUCAGAGAUAUGAAAAUGUUCUUCCAGAAUUUGGCCAUUAAUAAUCAGACCACAUUUGGGAAAAACUGUCAGCAUCUUACAUUUUUUUUGAGACCUUUGUCCACAAGUUGUACUCAUUUGUAGGUCAGAGGAGUAAUAGGGGGGAUACCCAAAGAAUGCAGCAAACAUAGUUGAGCAACUUUAUCAGAAAUGCCCUUUGUUGAGCAACACAAUUGAUAGUGAGAGGAAGUCCUAAACGUGUUUUGAACGUACAGGCUUUAACAAAAUUCAGACUUUAUUAUAUCUGAAGAUUGUAUUGAAGGAAGUAUGUCUUUAGGAAAUAUGGACAGAAAUUUUCCUUUAGAUCUCUUAUCCAUAAAGUUAUGCUUUUCUCUGAUCUCAAAAUUCUUUAAUAGAAAUAAAGCUGAUGGUAGACAUUUAUAAAAAUACUAACCAUGCAACGUGAAGCUUUUUGAAAAGAACAAAUAAACAGAAUAAUCUUCUCAGUCUCUGAUUUCACUUUUGGAGAAACACGUGUCACCCCGUGACAUUCCCUAUCAUGAGCCAUCGUAUGUUUUUGAUUAGUCCGCCCCCCAACUAUGCUGUUACCUCUGCAAAUAAUGUGUGAUGGUCUGAUUUCUCCUGGGAUCUACUAUAGGGGUUCCUACCGUGGACUAGCCCAGCCCAGAAUGUACACCGCCACCAGCCAGGGGCAGUCUGAAGGAUGUGUCUGCUUCCUCUUCGUAGGUUCUGGAACCAGAAAUAACAUUGAGUGUAUACUCUGUAGUACUCUAGUGCAUAUGACCUUUGUGCCCCAGUUCAAAUUUAUAGGAAGAGCAUCUUAGCUUUGUUGCUUGAAUUCAAGCCUGUUGACCCAAUUAUAGCCUGUCUCUCCAGGGGGGAGAAACUUGACAUAUUUCCUAUGUGUGUCAAAUUAUGAGCAAUAGCAUAACCAUUGUGUGCCUGUGUGCCUGAUGCAGGUUGGAAGUAAUGUACUAUGAGAAUAGUUGAAUUCUCUGCAUACCGUCCUCAAAACUAUCCCAUACCCUAUAACUUUUUCCACCUUCAGCACUUUUCUCGAUUUACUUAAUAUUGAUCCAUGUCUUAUUACUUUUACAAUAAUAUUUUAAUGUAUGUGUGUGUGUGUGUGUGUGUGUGUGUGUGUGUGUGUGAUUGAUUUGCUAGGGUAUCGGUGGGAACACGUGUUUUGUAACUUGUUUUUGUCUUCAGAUGUAUGGUUUUGAUAUUUAUACAUAGGCUUUAGUUGAUUUGUUUUAAUAAAGCAUAAUAUAUGAUUAUGUAA